CACAGCGAGAGCCUGACAGUUUGCACGACAGUGGUGGUUUGAAUUGGUCGUUCAGGUGUAUGGCGCGAUGCCUUCAACUCAUAAGAAAGAGAAGCCAUGGGAUACUGACGACAUAGACAAAUGGAAGAUCGACGAGUUUAAACCAGAAGACAAUGCAGGUGGCACUUUCGCCGAAGAGUCUUCCUUCGCCUGUCUAUUUCCCAAAUAUCGAGAACUAUACUUGAAACAAGCCUGGCCUCUCGUUACAAAAGCGCUGGAGAAGAGAGGGAUUGCCUGCACGCUCGAUCUAGUGGAAGGUCGAAUGGAGGUACGAACAACGCGAAAGACGUUUGACCCUGCCGCCAUCCUAGAUGCCAGAGAUCUCCUGAAGUUACUUGCCCGAAGCGUGCCAGCUCCGCAGGUAAGUCCAGCAGCUACACCUGCGGCCUUCGCCAAUCACUCACAAUGCUUUCAGGCCAUCAAGAUCCUUCAAGACGACACAGCCUGCGAUGUGAUAAAGAUUCGAAAUCUGGUUCGGAACAAAGAACGCUUCGUCAAACGGCGGCAGAGGCUUCUUGGUCCUAAUGGUUCAACACUCAAAGCCCUCGAGCUCCUCACAAACACUUACAUCCUCGUGCAAGGAAAUACCGUCAGCGCAAUGGGCGGCUACAAGGGGUUGAAAGAGGUCAGAAGGGUGGUCGAGGAUUGCAUGAACAACAUCCACCCUAUAUAUCAUGUCAAAGAACUCAUGAUCAAGAGAGAGCUCGCCAAGGAUCCUACCCUGAAGAACGAGAGCUGGGACCGGUUCCUUCCACAAUUCAAGAAAACGACUCUGAGCAAGAGACACACUCCUUACAAGGUCACCGACAAGGACAAGAAGGUGUACACGCCGUUCCCUCCGCCCCAAGAGAAGAGUAAGAUCGACCUGCAGAUCGAAAGUGGUGAAUACUUCCUUGCAAAACAAGCCAAGGAACGGGCCAAAGAGCAGGAAAGAAUGGAGCGGCAAAAGGAGAAGAAAGAAGAAAAGCUGCGCCAACGAGAACAGGCCUUUGUAGCGCCUAAGGAGGAUCUGGCCGACAAACCGAAGAAGAGGAAGAUAUCCGCAGACGGAGAGGUCCACAAAUCAAAGAAGUUGAAGACUGCAGUGUGGAACUAUGCGUGAUCACAGCAAUCUUCAGGUCUCUUCUUCUUUGCACGCCAUUUUGCAGCACCGGUCCGGAUCAAACGCACCAAUGUAUCGCCAUGGCUGCCUCGAGCUGCGACCAGCCCACAGAGCACGCCACACUCACAACGGUAUGGUGCGCCGUGAACAAAUGCUCUGUGCCGUUGAGCAAUUGUGAACCUCAACUGUGGAUCAACUGUGGAUCUGAAGAACUCAGCAUCAGCUGAGUGCACACAACUUCGGAAGAUGAUACAGCUUUCCGAACGCUAGAGCCAGAUCCCAACACCCAAGGGAGCCAAUAUGGACCGGUGAAGAUGAUCUUGCAGGUCGAUAGGACUUGUGGCAGCAGAAUGCAACUCUGUUCCAGCUUGGCCAAUGUGCAUCCCUUCCCAUCGGAAGGACGGUUAUUCUCGAAGGCAUGCCGGUCCAGCAACUUCGGGUACUGAGGGCCCUGCCUUCAUGAAGCUACGAACCAUGUCAUGCAUAUCAAACGCAGGCCCAGUAUCCAAGUCGCCAUUCCAGGGAUGCCUUGGUCCGAUCAGAAACAUUCUACGGCCCAGGCCACGCCUGAUCGGGUCUAGCAUGGAACAUGACAGUGCCGUAGAAUCCUUCUAGCUCGACAAUUUGUGCGAGGCUAGUCCUCAUCAGGGAGCGGCACCAAGGAGUAAUCUAAUCGCUGUCCCAUCGGCUAUUCACCCGUGCGAAACCCUCACUGUGUCUUUGUUCCAGAGCUCAAGCUAUUGCGACCGCCGGAGAUGCCAAUGAGGUUAUGCCUCGAUGCUGUGUAUGUCGACUAUUGCCAACUAGUUCAGAUAGAAACAACCUCGUUCGCCCAAAUAUCGAUGUGAGCGCAUGGCAUCGAGC